CCCUAUCUAAAGUCUUUGCCGGUCCACGGUUUUUCCCUUCCUCUACCUACUGUUGUCACUGCCCACCCCCUCCCUAUCUAAAGUCUUUGCCGGUCCACGGUUUUUCCCUUCCUCUACCUACUGUUGUCACUGCUCCCCCGUGUCUUGCUUACACUAGUCAAGUGAAAGUACCAAAGGUAGAGUUGCUUAUGAACACCCCAUACUUCUUUUUUCAACCAGUGUACUAAUUAUUUUGUAGAUGGUGGCUAGUCUCCUAUAUUGCGACGUCGACGGUAAUACCGACCCAAAGGAAGAGCUAGCCGCGGUCAAGGAUUCCCUAAGUACCGCGGUUAAAUCAAUCAAAAAGGUUCGAGUUGGAACCUUCGCACGACCGAAGACGGCUUACGGAAAUGAAUCUGGGACCUCCGUUCUGCAGUCUAUCGAAAGUAUGAGGAGGGAGAUAGAUGGGCUGUCGACUAGAGCCAGGGCCCAUGAGCGGAAAUGCAGGGCUAAUACUCAAGAUUUGGAAGAACGAAUCAGAGUUCUUACCGAAGAGUCUAAUGUCCUCCGUCCGUUGAGAAACAUCGCGCUCGAUAUCAGGAAACGUUUUUUUGCUACGUCCCGGCGUGGAGUGGCAAACGAGCAGACCUCGACGGAUGAAGUAAUUAUUCAAGCCGGAAACCACCGAUCCCAUGAAGGAGACGUCAUAACCGAUGUUUCUCUGUUUCGGAAUAGUCUAAUGACUUCUCAUGCGACUUUCACGAGAUUGUAUGGUUUACCAUGGAAAGAGGCUGAAGGACUCUUGGGUAUGGUAAUUAAUUCUCCUUAGUUCUCAUCUAUUACUAACAAAAUAUUUUUAGUCCACAGGCACAUGGUGUUCGUAAUGAAUAAGAGAGCAACCCGACUUGCAAAUGCCGAGACCGAUGAGGAAUCUAAUCGCAUGUGGUCGAAGAGUGUAGAAGCGGAUUUCCGCAUAUUGGUUGAGUGGUCCAAACGUUGCACUCCGGCAGAACUAGCUCGGUUCAGGCAAGACGAACGUGGGGCAAAUUAUCACAAAGGUGUAUUUUUAAGAAUUCAGAGAUGUUAGCGAGGAGCAAUGUGGCUCCACAUUGAUUGGUAAUGACAAACCUUUCUCUCCUCUAUUUACCUACCGCUCCUAAACCAUUUUAAUCCACCUUACUCAACAAUUACUAAAACCUACCUAAAUUAUCUAAAUUCUAGGUUGCUUGCUAUGGACACGAGGAGAUGGUGGAAAUGCUACUCGGGCGAGAUGAUAUCAACCCCAACAAACCAAAUGAUGAGGGCCAAACACCGCUCUAGUGUGCUGUCUAGAAUGGGCACGAGGAAGUGGUAAAAAUACUACUUGGAUGGGAUGACGUUGACUCCAACAAACCAGAUAAUGGAGGGCGAACACCACUCUAUUGUGCUGCCCACUAUGGGUAUGAGGGAGUGGUGACGACAGAGGUGAGUAGGCUAUGAUGGCAGCUGUGCGAGGUGAGCCAAACAAACAAACCCGCUAAUCAACUCACGCUUAUAGAAAUCGAAAGCGACUGGGUGAAGACGAAUAGGGAAAGGCAGGAAGCUGGGAGGCGAAGUACACCUAUGGAGCCAGAGAGCAAAUGGGUCGAGGGGAAGAGCGAAAGGUACGAAGCUAGGGGGCGAAGUUUCUUGAAAGAGUAUGCUCCACGACAGGUGGCGAAUAAGUACUGUUUUACCCAAACUGGCAAUCCAGAGAAUGAUCUGAUUAUCAGGAUGGGGUUGGAAGAUAUGGAGGACAAUCCUAAAUUCAGCAACAUGUUUAGUUCAAGGGAACCUGCCAGCUCUUCGGGAUCACCCAAUCAACACCCUUAGAGUCUUUGGUGGUUAGGCUUCAUUUCUCAUGCGGAUUAGGUGGAAGGGCCUUUUCCAUCGGGUUUCCAUCAGUUCUGGCGGCGGUUUUUCAGUCUGAUGAUGAGGUAAGGGGCCACGGUCCCUACCGAGUUGUUUUGAGCUUUUGGCAGAAUACAUUUCAAUGGAUUUCGUCGCUUGUGAAUGUGUGGGGCAGGUGGAGGAAUGGGGCCCAUGAUGGUUUUUGUGGCGGUAUGGUGGCGUCGUGGAAGGCACCUGAGCCAUGUGGUGGAAGCAGGGCUGAGCCCGAUCGUCGCGGUUGUUAAUUGAUGUGCCUGUUGUAGCACGUAGGGUUGGGGGUGAGGAGAAGAGCACUCGUUCGGGGAGUCUUAGGCCGCACCCAUGUCACUGUAUUUUCCUUUGUUUUUCCUUUGUUUUUUUUUGGGAGGGGCCAGAAAAUAACCAUGACUCCCUGGUUUAGGCUUCGGCUUGGGCCUGCCUGUCGACCGGCGAUGCCGGUAAUGAUGCAGUCUUCCUAUGAGUUGUGCGGGUGGUACAAUCCCAGAUGUACUGUAGUUUGGCUGGCAAUUCGUGUUUGGUUGGCUUACCUGAUGGAACGUAAUACCUUAAGCUGGUUACCUGGAUUGGGAUAUGGCUUGUAGUUAGUUUUAGCUACCAAUUUUAUGAUAUUUAUUCGGGAGACACCAGAGGAGCUGAUAUGGCUCCUGAGGGGAAGAAGACAAAGAGACAGAAGAAGUUGGAGGUGCAACGGGAGAGUGCGAGAAGGUUUAACACACAGAGACUCCCGGGGUGAGAUUUGCUAUCUGUGGCUUCGGGAGUUUUUCUUCCUCCGAUGGAUUAGUUGAGCGUACAUUUUAAUGCUUUUAAUGUACUUAAUGUUUUUUGUCGCCAUAUACCCGAUCACUUGUUAUGGGAACGCAGUAGUAUAAUACACAUUUGCGAUAGAGUCCAGAACCAUCUUGCAAAAUUAGUUUGAAGCGUAACACGACCAAAGAAUGAGUACCAUGCAUUCCAAGAUAUCCAGAGCUGACCCCGGACAUAGAUAUGAAGUCUAUUAUAGAGCAUGGCAAUCUAAGGCCGUGCAAAAUAUCUCAGACUUGUGCCCGAAACGCAAUCCCAGACUUCCUGCCACCAACGAUGUCUGGAUUUAGGUUCCUACCCUAAACUCCAAUACAGGCAUAGCUAGCAUAACCACCUAGGUUAUCGACAAAGAC